CUGUCAUCACUUUCGUACCAGGGGCCUCUUCGUCGCAGCCACCGAGCCAAGUAGUCGUUGCCAUGCAAUAGACGUCCAGGAAGAAAGGGGUGUAAAUAAAAAUACAUACAUCGACAACGAGCAGAAAAUUACGUAUCGGUAGCCUUCGGAUCAAUUCGGCUAAUUUCGUGGGGGCGGAAAUCCAUUCCUAUCCCCCCCAACCUCUGCCUUUGUACCUCACCACCCCCAUCAAACAACCAGGGGACUCGGCAAGGAGAGAAAUUAUAUUUUUUCUUUGAUGUGCGGCUCAUCCACGUUCAUCUGCAACUAGGCAAGUCCUCCGGCUUUCCUCCUCUCCGAUCGCCGGCAAAAGUCGUCGAGCCGUGUUAUUCGAGUGGAACUGUUUGUCGUGGUGUGUGUGGUGUGCCGUCUCCAUGUGACUGAUGACCCGCGGCUGACAAUGAAGUGGUCCAGUGCACCUCUGGUGCUCAUGACCCUCCUGAUGGCUCUCGUCACACUCGCCGAGGAGGUGGCCAGCAAGAACAAGGCGCGUCGUGGCCGGGGCAGCAAGUGGUGGGGCAUUGCUAAAGCCGGCGAACCCAACAACUUACUCCCUCAGACGCCAGGAGCGCUCUACAUGGACCCAGCAGUUCACCUCAUACUCCGGCGAAAGCAGAGGCGCUUAGUUCGGGAGAACCCCGGCGUCUUAGUAGCAGUUGCCAAAGGCGCCAACCAGGCCAUUCAAGAAUGCCAGUUCCAGUUUCGUAACCGGCGAUGGAAUUGUUCCACAAGAAAUUUUCUCCGUGGCAAAAAUCUGUUUGGAAAAAUUGUUGACAGAGGUUGCCGAGAGACGGCCUUCAUCUACGCCAUCACGAGUGCGGGGGUGACGCACGCGAUAGCCCGAGCCUGUAGCGAGGGCAGCAUCGAAUCCUGCACGUGUGAUUACAGCCACCAGGCGCGGUCACCCCUUGUCUCCAGCGCCGUGCCCGGUCUGCGGGACUGGGAGUGGGGAGGCUGCUCCGACAACAUAGGUUACGGCUUCAAGUUCUCCCGGGAGUUCGUGGACACGGGCGAGCGCGGACGCAACCUGCGAGAGAAGAUGAACGUCCACAACAACGAGGCAGGCCGGGCGCACGUUUCCUCCGAAAUGCGACAAGAAUGCAAGUGCCAUGGAAUGUCCGGAUCAUGCGCAGUGAAGACUUGCUGGAUGCGGCUGCCCAACUUCCGAGUCGUUGGCGACAAUCUUAAGGACCGCUUCGACGGCGCAUCUAGAGUAAUGGUGAGCAACGCGGGCAGUUUGCGAGGCCAAGGAGGAGGGGGCUCUGGAGGCAAAAGAAAUCGCUACGCAUUCCAGCUGAAACCUUAUAACCCAGAACACAAACCACCGGGCACUAAGGAUUUGGUUUACUACGAACCGUCGCCAGGUUUCUGCGAGCGUAACCCGCGUCUCGGGAUACCGGGUACCCACGGUCGUCAGUGCAACGACACGUCUAUAGGGGUGGAAGGUUGCGACCUCAUGUGUUGCGGCCGAGGAUACAGGACUCAAGAGGUGUCUGUAAUCCAACGGUGCGCAUGUACGUUCCACUGGUGCUGCGAAGUGAAGUGCAGCCUCUGUCGGACAAAACAGAUAGUUCAUACGUGUCUGUGAAUAUUGUACUCAACUGUGAGACAAAAUGGCGA